GCGGGGCCGGGAUUAUUCGCCCUCAAUAGCCCCGGGCUGCGUGCCCAGCAGCCGUCUUCCCUCCCCGCGCCACCGCCCCGACUCCAGGCCCCGCCCUUCAGGGAGGGACCGUCCCAUCCCUCCCUGGAACUGCCUGGCCUGGAGCCGGCAGGCACGUGACCCAGGGAGCGCCCCGCCCCCUCGGCCUCGGCCAGGCGAUUGGCUCUGGAGGCGCGUGCGCCGAGAGGCGCGUCCCGUGCCACCGCCCACUUCCCCUCCCACGGGCUUCAGUCGGCGUCAUGGCUGCCGCCGCCGCUCUGGAGGCGGUGGCGCCUACGGACGCCCUGUGGGGCCUCGUGCAAGACUUCGUCAUGGGUCAUCAGGAGAGCCCCGCUGACCAAGUAGCUGCAGAUGUGAAAUCUGGCAGCUACACAGUGUUGCAAGUGGUAGAAGCACUUGGGUCCUCCCUAGAUAAUCCGGAACCUCGAAUUCGGGCACGAGGAAUCAAGCUUUUGUCACAGGUGCUACUCCAGUGUCAUCCCUUUCUCCUGGAGAAAGAAGUGGUGCACCUGAUCCUGUUCUACGAGAACCGGCUAAAGGACAAUCCUCUUCUGAUCCCGCCUGUCCUACAGGGCUUGAGGGCACUUAGCCACUAUGUGGCCUUACCCACAGGAUUAGCUGUCUCUGUGCUUAAAGCCAUCUUCCAGGAGAUCCACGUACCGGCCCUGUCACAGGCAGACCGAUACACUGUCUACACUAUUAUCACCAAUUUCAUGCGAACCCGAGAAGACGAGCUGAGGGGUCUUGGAGCUGACUUCACCUUUGGUUUCAUCCAGGUGAUGGAUGGGGAAAAAGAUCCCCGAAAUCUUUUGGUGGCCUUUCGCAUCGUCCAGGACAUCAUCUCCAGGGGCUAUAGUCUGGGACCCUUUGUGGAGGAGUUAUUUGAAGUGACAUCCUGUUACUUCCCCAUUGACUUUAUCCCUCCACCUAAUGAUCCUCAUGGUAUCCAGAAAGAAGAUCUCAUCCUGAGUCUUCGAGCUGUGUUGGCUUCUACACCACAGUUUGCUGAGUUCCUGUUGCCCUUGCUGAUUGAGAAAGUGGACUCUGAGAUUGUAGGAGCCAAGCUGGAUUCUCUGCAGACUCUGAGUGCUUGCUGUGCUGUCUAUGGACAGAAGGAGCUGAAGGAUUUCCUGCCCAGCCUCUGGGCUUCCAUCCGCAGAGAGGUGUUCCAGACGGCAAGUGAACGGGUGGAGGCAGAGGGCCUAGAGGCCCUCCGCUCCCUGACUGCGUGUUUGUCUCGCUCUGUGCUGAGGGCCGAUGCUGAGGACCUCCUUGACUCCUUUCUCAGCAACAUUGAACAGGACUGCAGGCACCAUCUGUGUGAACCGGACAUGAAAUUGGUGUGGCCUAGUGCCAAACUGUUGCAGGCGGCUGCAGGUGGAUCUGCCCGAGCCUGUGACCACAUCACCAGCCACGUGCUGCCACUGCUGCUGGAACAGUUCUCCAAGCACAGCCAGAGCCACCAGCGGCGGACAAUCCUUGAAAUGAUCGUGGGUUUCUUGAAGCUACAGCAGAAAUGGAUCUCUGAAGACAAGGAUGAAAGGCCCCUGCGAGGCUUCAAGGACCAGCUGUGCUCGCUGGUCUUCACAGCCCUGACAGACCCCAGCACCCAGCUUCAGCUUGUUGGCAUCCGUGCUCUCGUGGUGUUGGGGGCUCAGCCAGGCCUACUGUCUCCUGGGGACCUGGAGUCAGCAGUGGGUCACCUAUACAGACUCAGCUUCCUGGACGAGGAUCCCCAGAAUUGCAGGGUGGCAGCACUGGAAGCAUCGGGAAAACUGGCCGCUCUCCACCCUGUGGUCUUCAGCAGCCACCUAGUGCCCCGGCUUGCUGAGGAAUUACGCAUAGAAGAGUCGGAUUUGGCUAAAGGGGAUAGGCCCACCAGGCGCUCCCGGCACUUGUGCUGUCUGCAAGCCCUGGCAGCUAUAUCAACACAUCCCAGCAUUGUCAAAGAGACGCUCCCACUGCUGCUACAGCAUCUCGGCCAGAUGAACAAAGGCAACAUGGUUGCAGGACCAGCUGAAGUCAUUGUCGUCUGUCAGAGCCUCCAGCAGGUGGCAGAAAAAUGCCAGCAGGACCCUGAGAGCUGCUGGUACUUCCAUCAGACGGCCGUGCCUUUCCUGUUGGCCUUGGCUGUGCAGGCUUCCAUGCCAGAAAAGGAGCCCUCAGUUCUGGGGAAAGUGCUGUUGGAGGAGGAGGUGUUGGCCGCCGUCGUGGCUGUCAUUGGCGCCGCCACCACACACUUGAGCCCUGACUUAGCCGCCCAGAGCGCCACUCGCAUUGUGCCCCUCUUCUUGGAUGGCGACAUCUCCCUUCUGCCUGGAAACAGCUUCCCUUGCAGAUUCCAGCCAUUCCAGGGUGGCUCCUCAGGACAGAGAAGGCUGGUGGCACUGCUUAUGGCCUUUGUCUGUUCCCUGCCGCGAAAUGUGGAAAUCCCUCAGCUGAACCAACUCAUGCGGGAGCUUUUAGAGCUGAGCUGCUGCCCCAGCUGCCCCUUCUCCUCCACUGCUGCUGCCAAGUGCUUUGCAGGACUCCUCAACAAGCACCCUGCAGGGCAACAGCUUGACGAGUUCCUACAGCUGGCUGUGGACAGAGUGGAGGCAGGCCUGAGCAGUGGGUCCUGUCGUAGCCAGGCCUUCAUACUGCUUCUCUGGGUGACAAAGGCCCUUGUACUCAGAUACCAUCCUCUCUGCUCCUGCCUCACAAACCGGCUCAUAGGCCUCCUAAAGGAUCCAGAACUAGGUGCAGUAGCAGCAGAUGGCUUCUCCGUGCUCAUGUCUGACUGCACUGACGUGUUGACUCGUGCAGGCCAUGCUGAAGUGCGGAUCAUGUUCCGCCAGCGGUUCUUCACAGACAACAUGCCUGCUUUGGUUCAAGGCUUCUAUGCCGCUCCCCAAGAUGUAAAGUCCAACUACAUGAAGGGUCUGUCUCACGUACUUAACAGACUGCCUAAGUCUGUGCUCUUGCCAGAGCUGCCCACGCUGCUUUCCUUGCUGCUGGAGGCCCUGUCCUGUCCUGACAGUGUGGUACAGCUCUCCACCCUCAGCUGCCUUCAGCCUCUUCUGCUGGAAGCACCGCAAGUCAUGUGUCUUCACGUCGAUACCCUCGUCACCAAGUUUCUGAACCUCAGCUCUAACCCCGCCAUGGCCAUCCGGAUCGCCGCGCUGCAGUGCAUGCAUGCGCUCACAUGCCUGCCCACCCCUGUGCUGCUGCCGUACAAACCGCAGGUGAUCCGGGCCUUAGCCAAACCCCUGGAUGACAAGAAGAGGCUGGUGCGCAAGGAAGCAGUGUCCGCCAGGGGAGAGUGGUUUCUGCUAGGGAGCCCUGGCAGCUGAGCUGUCGGUCCUGGCCAAGACUGCUCCCACUGACAAUCUGAUCUGGAACUACUAAUGAACGAGC